AUGGCUACGGACCACACUAUAAGCAGGCGAAGGGCAUCUGGGGAAAGGCCUAGGGGACAACCUCCCCCGCACGGAGAAGGUUCUGAGAGCAACAGAGAGCUUGAGCAAGCGCAAGACUAUACAAAGGUCAAAGUUCUGGCUCUUACGUUCGAAUUCACCGAUCUGAAAAUAGCUGGUGAGACUAAAGGUGUCAUAAAGGCGUUCAAAGAUAUUGGAUACGGGGUUGAGCACUAUGAAAUCAAGAUGCAGAGUCCUUGGGAUGGGCAGGAUGGGCAGGAUGGGCUUAAGAAAACGUUGAAGAAUUUCUUCAGAACAAACAGUGGAACUCCAUUGUUCAUCAUUUACUAUAAUGGACAUGGGGGUAUCACCAAAGACAAGAAACUCUUCUUCUCUAGCCAUAACAUACCCGACGAUGUAGCCGAGCUGUGGGAGACGAUCCAAAAGAUCUGGGGCAAACCAGGAAAUCUCCCUGAACUACUAAGGAGCGAGGAGAGCCCUUUCCAAGAGCCCGCCGAAAUCUUCUGGGAGGAAAUUAGUAAACUGAUCAUGGAUUGUCGAUACGAUGUGCUCACCAUCCUUGACUGUUGUGAGGCAGGACUAGCUGCCGCAUACAGCCUGGAGCCCAAUGCCAUUAUUUUCAACACUUUCGCAAUCCCCGUGUCCCGCGAUGUUUUCCAGGAUCCUUUUCAACAUCCAGCCUUUUCGCCCCAAUUCAUCACUCCUCGGGAUCGAGGGUUUAAUCGCUACCUUACAAUCUUCCUUGGCUUUGAAGUCCAAGGACUGGACUUGCGUGACACGGGUCUCGAAUUGCUUAUGGUGGCGAACGAAGCUCGUUGGGACGAAGAUAGGCAAUUCGAAUUCAUCACAUUGCUCGUGAUUACACCUCAAGACGAUGUCUACAAGCGUGCCGACAUCGCAACUAUGCCUGUCGCAUACUUCACGAAGAUCCUGCCGAGCUGUCCGGAUUUCUGUAAGAAGGGCGUUUUUCGCUUAGAAUAG